GCACUGUAUUACAACGGAGUAUGUGAAAUUGUGAACUGGCCAUUGGCUGGCACCAUCCCCUCCCUUCCUCAAUCCCCUCUCUCUCUAGAACUCUCUCUCUCUAGAUUUUUCUCUCUCGUCUCAUGCACGCUCUCAGUUUGAAAAUGAUGACUAAAAACCGACAAAAGCCAAUGUGAACAAGCCGUUGUGCUUUCUCGCCCUUUACUGAGCCCAAGAUACAGUCUUUUUCUCUGUGUGUAACAACACCCUCUCUGUACACCACUCUCUUUCUCUCUCCACCCCUUCUCUAUCUGAUAAUGUAAACCCAGAAAGCCUACGGAAACUCGGUUGUCUUCUUCGAUUCACACCCCCAAAGUUCAAUUCAUGGCUUUCCACAGCUCAAUCUCAGUGUUCUUGAUCUACAUUUCAUUGUUCAUCACCUUGUGUUUCGCUGCAGAUCCAUUUGUUAGCUACGAUUUUGAGGUCUCUUACAUCACUGCUUCUCCUCUGGGUGUUCCCCAACAGGUUAUUGCUAUUAAUAAGGAAUUUCCUGGCCCUACCAUUAAUGUGACCACAAACAACAAUGUGGUUGUCAAUGUACGGAACAAAUUAGACGAGGACCUCCUCAUCACUUGGGCUGGUAUUCAACAGAGGAGGAGUUCUUGGCAAGAUGGGGUGCUUGGCACCAACUGUCCAAUUCCUUCAAAGUGGAACUGGACUUACCAGUUUCAAGUUAAGGAUCAAAUUGGGAGUUUCUUUUACUUUCCGUCCCUCAAUUUUCAGAGAGCGUCGGGCGGUUUUGGUGGAAUUAUUAUCAAUAAUAGGGCUAUUAUUCCAAUUCCUUUUGCAACCCCAGAUGGGGAUAUUAUAAUUCUAAUUGGUGAUUGGUACACCCGGAACCACACGGCCUUGAGGAGGACCCUUAACGAAGGGAAAGAUCUCGGGAUGCCGGACGGUGUGCUUAUUAAUGGGAAAGGCCCUUACCAAUACAAUAAUACACUUGUUCCUGAUGGCAUUGACUAUGAAACAUUUGAUGUCCAUCCAGGAAAAACUUAUCGUAUUCGUGUACACAAUGUUGGAGUGUCUACUAGUUUGAACUUCAGAAUCCAAGGCCACAACCUGCUUUUAGCAGAAACGGAGGGAUCAUAUACCGUACAACAAAAUUAUACUAGCUUAGAUAUUCACGUUGGACAAUCUUAUUCCUUUUUGUUAACGACGGAUCAGAAUGCAAGUACGGAUUACUAUAUUGUAGCAAGCGCCAGGUUUGUGAAUGAAUCAAUCUGGCAAAGAGUUACUGGUGUUGCCAUCUUGCACUACUCAAAUUCGAAAGGGAAGGCAUCUGGUCCCCUUCCAGACUCACCAAAUGAUCAGUUUGAUAAAACCUUCUCAAUGAACCAGGCAAGAUCUAUCAGGUGGAAUGUGUCUGCUAGUGGUGCUCGCCCCAAUCCACAGGGUUCAUUUAGAUAUGGCUCAAUCAACGUGACUGAUAUUUAUGUGUUAAAAAACAAGCCACCAGUGAUGAUAAACGGGAAACGGCGGGCAACACUUAGUGGGAUCUCAUAUGUCAAUCCUGCCACACCGAUCAGGCUUGCUGACCAGUACAAAGUAAAGGGAGUGUAUAAGCUUGAUUUUCCUCAAAGGCCACUUACAGGACCACCUCGGAUGGAAACAUCAAUAAUUAAUGGUACAUAUAGGGGAUUCAUGGAGGUUAUACUACAGAAUAAUGACACCAAGAUGCAAAGCUAUCACAUGAAUGGAUACGCCUUUUUUGUGGUUGGGAUGGAUUAUGGUGACUGGACAGAUAAUAGCAGGGGCACAUAUAACAAGUGGGAUGGUAUUGCGCGCACCACAACACAGGUUUACCCCGGGGCAUGGACUGCUAUCUUGAUCUCCCUUGACAACGUCGGAGUUUGGAACCUGAGAACAGAGAACCUUGAUUCAUGGUAUCUUGGUCAAGAAACAUAUGUAAGGGUUGUGAAUCCCGAGGCAACUAACAAAACCGAGUUACCCAUGCCAGAUAAUGCCCUUUUUUGUGGUGCCCUCGGCAAAAUGCAAAAGGCACAAGAAAUCUCUUUGGCAACUUCAAUCAUGGGUGAUCAUUCAAAACUGUUCUUCACUCUGCUGAUGAUGAUAUGUGCUGUAAUUUCCAUUUUCCGCUAAGCAUUUUCCAUCGGGAUGCCUUAUUUAUAUUGCAUGCAGGAGGCUUGUCUCGCUUAAUGAGGUUUGUGGCUGUUUGUGUUUAGGUGUGUAAUUCUAGUCUUGUUGAUAUGAAUCUUCGGUGAUUUUGACAUGUAAUUUUACUUUCCCGAUAUACUAAAUGCUGCCGGGGAACCUUGUUUAAUUUAUUGGGAUUUUUCAUUCUUUUAAUACUUAUAAUUUAUGUAAUGAUGAUAUUCAUCAAUUUUUAAUGCAAUUAACCUACAUCCUAGUUUCACUUGUCUUAA